GCUCUUUGGUCUUUCCAUAUAAAGAAUUAAAAUUGCAUCACAUAUAACUCUUAUACGAAUCUAAAAACAGCUUUGUCAAGUUCUUCAUCUUCUACUUCCUUUUCUCCUUACUAUUCACUCCUAUAAUCUUCAAGUGAAAGAAACCCUAAUAAAUAUUUUUAGGAAAUUAAUAUUAAGAUGGGAAGAGGAAAGAUUUCAAUUAGAAGGAUUGACAAUUCAACAAGUAGGCAAGUGACUUUCUCAAAAAGAAGAAAUGGAUUAUUGAAGAAAGCAAAAGAGUUAUCAAUUCUUUGUGAUGCUGAAGUUGGAUUGAUUGUCUUUUCCAGCACUGGAAAGCUUUAUGAUUAUUCAAGCACUAGCAUGAAAUCUGUUAUUGAUCGCUAUAACAAACAGAAAGAGGAACAACAUCAGCUAAUGAAUCCUGCUUCAGAAGUCAAGUUUUGGCAGACAGAAGCAGCAAGCCUGAGACAACAACUGCAGUACUUGCAAGAAAGCCAUAGGCAAUUGAUGGGUGAAGGACUUGCUGGUUUGGGUAUUAAAGAACUGCAAAAUCUGGAAAACCAGCUGGAGAUUAGUCUAAAGGGUGUUCGAAUGAAAAAGGAUCAUAUUUUGACUAAUGAGAUCAAAGAACUACAUCAAAAGGGAUCUCUUGUUCAUCAAGAAAAUGCAGAACUCCAUAAGAAGAUGGACCUUGUCCAAAAAGAAAAUGCAGAGCUACUGAAGAAGGUUUAUGAAGCAAGGAGUACAAAUGAAGAAAAUGCAAAAAGCAAUCUUUCAUGCACUAUCAGAAACGGAUUUGAUUUACAUGCACCUAUCAGUCUCCAGCUAAGCCAGCCACAGCCUCAAUACAGUGAACCAGCAGCCAAAGCCAUGAAAUUAGGAUUACAGCUGCAUUAGCAAGAACUGUUCGAUAAUCACCUAUGCUUUCAAUUCUGAAAAGUUGUCACGAACCAGUUCAAACAUAUAAUCAUGCUGAUAUGUGUGGGAUCUUGUAGUUCAACAACCACAUUGUUCAAUUCAACAGAAUAGAGUAUGAUAUUUCCUAUCAAGAAGCUUACAAUUGCUAUUAAGGAUCAGACAUAAUGAUUGCCUCUGUAAAUUUUAUGAAAUAAAGAUAUCAAUGAUUGUGCCUUGUGUUGUUUUA